GAGUAUGGGAGAUCUGCGUUUCUCAUUAGAUGCAGUACAGAACCACCAGAUGGAGUGCGGCGGCAGAGCGAUGCUCGGAAAUCUCGAUCGGCAACGGACAUCGCUGGGAAGAAGCGACAGAUGGGAGGCGAGGAACGGAGAUCGAUCCUCACGCCUCGAUCUCGUCGGUUGGGUUUGCUGCUGCUGUGCUCCGUCGUCGACGAUCGUCCAGCCAUCGAGAACGGCGGUGAAUCCUCGGAUUUCAGACGGCGACCUUGGAUCUUGAUAUCUUCUGCAAACUUAGCCCGGUUCAAUUCACUCCCAAUUUCUCCUCCUAAACCUAAGCUUUGUGUUUCUUGACAUCAUGAGUGGCUAGAUAUUUAGAUUUGGGUGUUGGAUUGUUUAAGUGUAUUAUUAUGCUUGGAUUCUUCAUUUGGAUGAUAAUUUGUGGAUUAAUGUUAAAUAGUUUGUGGUAGAAGAUUAUUUUGCGUACUUGUUUGUGUUCACCAAACAUUGUGUGGUCUUGGUAUUGAGUUUUGAAUCACCAAGGAAUUAGGUUGUAGAAUUCUAGUCUUGGUUCUUCACUCUCAAAUUCUUACCAUGGAAGUGGUUAUGAGUUUGCGGAGUCUCAUUUUGCUUGGGUAUUGUCUCGGUUGAACUACCAAGGAAUUGGAGAUCAACUUAGAUAGUUUAAUUCUUUUGCCAUGGAAAUGGAAAAGAAAUCUUUGUUAGACUCACUACUUGGUUUGAAUUCCCUAAUGAUUCCCUUUUCUUCUUAGUCAUAUCCUCAAACACUUAUCUUAUUUCUAGACUUAAAUUCACAAUUACUUUUGUUCUUUUGAUCUUGUCUCUUCAUCGACUUUCUAGACUUAAAUUCACUAUUAUUAGUGGUUCAAUUAGUGCUUGAUUGACUAAGUACUUGAUUCCCUUAUAGCUAUCCUCUGCGGGAACGAAAAAAUUACUUACUACUUUUACCACAUAAAAAAGACAUCAAAAACUCCUCAAAUUAUUUUGAAACUGAAUUUGACCAGGUGCUUUCAUGUUAGAAAUCUGCACAGUUAAGGUGCUUUAAAGCUUCAGGUACGUGCAACUUACCCUAUUUUUCUAAAAAAAUUGCUACUUUGAGUUGUUUGGUUAAAUGUGUUACCGUCUCUAUUUUUUAUUUUAGUUCCUUAACAUUAUUGCAGUUUCAUAUUACUUUGUAUUGCUUGACAUGUUUUUUGAAUAGAAAAUAUUGUGAAGAAGUAAGGCAUUUCUACUCCAGGUGAGAUGCUACAUUUGUGGAAAAGAACCGAUCUAUGCAUGUUGGUCUGGAAAAAAGUGAUGGAAGAACAACACGAACUCCGAGAGGGAAAAACUGAAAGACGAACAAAAAUUUGCAUAGCUUUGAACUACCUGGAAAAUCGUGCUAAGCACCUUGCCGUUGGGGGGGGGGGUGUGUGUUCCUCCAUCCUCGAUCCCGACUACUCAUCCACGCUACAAUGAUGAAAGUGAUGAAGAAGAAUUGAGUGAUGAGCAUGUUUUUUUGCCGAUGGCGCCUAUGAUAGAAUGCAUGGUAUAUUUUGCCAUUCUUAUCCGUACCUGUUUGUGACUUAUGACUUUUUAUUAGACUUGGCACUUCAUUUUAUAGACUAUGGAACUUAUUGUUUGAUGUUGUUUAUGUCUUAUGACUUUUUGAGAUUAUGGAUUAUGUAAUGGUUG